AUGCUGGUCAUUCUCCUGCAAAUCCACACCAUAUACACACUUUCUGUUGCCGUGACGGCCAACAGCGCCUCCAUGUCCAUGUCCACACCCCCAGUUCCCUGCCUUGUGGAGCAGGCCUCCUCGCUCCUCCGUCUGAAGCACUCCUUCAGCUCAGCCGUCGGAGACUUGACCACCUUCCAGUCAUGGAUCGCCGGCACGGACUGCUGCAGCUGGGAAGGCGUCAGCUGCGGCAACACAGAUGGACGAGUAACCAGCCUCGACUUGGGCGGCCGCCAGCUGCAAGCCGGCGGCGGCCUUGAGCCAGCGCUGUUCAACCUGACCUCGCUCAGCCACCUCGACCUCUCCGGCAACGACUUCAACAUGUCCCAGCUCCCAUCCACCGGGUUCGAGCAGCUCACCGCUCUCACCCACCUUGACCUCUCCGACACCAACUUUGCCGGCUCCGUCCCGUCCGGCAUCGGCCGCCACUCAGGCCUCGUCUACCUUGACCUCUCCACCAGCUUCUAUGAGUAUGACUACGACACUGAGAACAAAGCCUUGCACUACUCGUAUUCCAUAUGGCAGCUCUCGGUGCCAAACAUGGCAACUUUACUGGCCAACCUCACAAAUCUGGAGGAGCUCCAUCUGGGCAUGGUGAAUUUGUCCGCCAGCGGCGCAGGUUGGUGCAACGACUUGGCCACAUUCAACCCUAAGAUCCAGGUCUUAAGCUUACCUUACUGUUCGCUUGGGGGGCAAAUAUGUAAAUCACUCUCAGCACUGAGAUCACUCAGAGUGAUCGAGCUCCAUUACAACCACCUGUCUGGCUCAGUGCCAGAGUUCUUGGCUUCUGCCUUCCCUAACCUGACGGUUCUUGAGCUUUCCAGAAAUAAGUUUGAAGGGCAGUUCCCUCCGAUCAUCUUGCAGCACAAGAUGUUACAAACUGUUGACAUCUCUGAGAAUCUUGGGAUCUCUGGUGUUCUGCCAAAUUUCACGGAGGACAGCAGCUUGGAAAAUCUGUUUGUCAACAACACAAACUUCUCAGGUACAAUACCAGGUUCUAUAGGCAAUCUAAAGUCUCUCAAGAAGUUAGGCCUUGGUGCAAGUGGAUUUUCUGGGAUACUGCCUUCUUCAAUAGGUGAGCUCAAAUCCUUGGAGCUGUUAGAUGUGUCAGGGUUACAGCUAGUAGGAUCCAUACCCUCAUGGAUAUCAAACCUGACUUCUCUCAGGGUUCUCCGGUUCUAUUACUGUGGAUUAUCUGGACCAGUGCCUCCUUGGAUAGGAAAUCUAACGAAUUUAACAAAAUUAGCACUUUUCAGUUGCAACUUCUCUGGGACGAUACCUCCACAAAUCUCAAAUUUGACCCAGUUACAAAUGCUUCUGCUCCAGUCAAAUUCUUUCAUAGGAACAGUGCAGCUAUCCGCAUUCUCAACCAUGCAAAAUCUAACUGUCCUCAAUCUUUCAAAUAAUGAACUGCAAGUGGUGGAUGGAGAAAACAGCUCCUCACUCAUGGCGUUACAAAAACUUGAAUACUUACGACUAGUGUCUUGCAGACUGUCUAGCUUCCCCAAAACUUUGAGGCACCUCAACAGGAUCCAAGGUCUUGACCUCUCGGAUAACCAAAUCCAUGGCGCAGUACCUGAGUGGGUAUGGGAGAAUUGGAAGGACAUUAUCCUUUUGAACCUGUCACAUAAUAAGUUCAGUAGUCUUGGUUCUGAUCCUUUGCUUCCUGUUCGCAUAGAAUACUUUGAUCUCAGCUUCAACAAUUUCACUGGACCGAUACCUAUUCCACGAGAUGGCAGUGUCACACUUGAUUACUCGAGCAACCAAUUAUCAUCCAUCCCUCUUGAUUACUCUACUUACCUUGGAAUUACUCGCUUUUUAAAGGCCUCCAGAAACAACCUGUCUGGAAAUAUCUCAACAUUGAUUUGUGGCAAAUUUAGAAAUCUAGAAGUUAUCGAUCUGUCCUAUAACAACUUCAGUGGUGCAAUCCCAUCUUGUUUGAUGAAGGAUGUCAGCAAACUUCAAGUAUUAAAUCUAAGAGGAAAUAAACUUGCUGGAGAGUUACCUGAUAACGUUAACAAAGGCUGUGCACUUGAGGUGUUAGAUUUAAGUGGCAAUUGGAUUGAAGGGAAAAUACCCAGAUCUCUUGUUGCUUGCAAGAAUCUACAGCUACUUGACAUUGGAGGCAACCAGAUAAGUGACUCUUUCCCAUGUUGGAUAAGCGCACUUCCUAAACUUCAAGUUCUUGUCCUCAAAUCUAACAAGUUCACUGGACAGCUGCUACAUCCAUCAUAUGAUACAGUAGACGGAAACAAAUGUACAUUUAUAGAACUGCGAAUUGCCGAUAUCUCUUCAAACAACUUCACUAGCACAUUGCCAGAAGGAUGGUUUAUGAUGCUCAAGUCAAUGAUGACCAGGUCUGAUAAUGAGGCAUUAGUCAUGCAAAAUCAAUAUUACCAUGGGCAAACAUACCAAUUUACAACUACAACAACAUAUAAAGGGAAGUCCAUGACCAUCCAGAAGAUAUUGAGGACCCUUGUGCUGAUUGAUAUCUCAAACAAUGCAUUCUGCGGUACCAUCCCUGAGUCCAUUGGGGAUCUUGUGCUCCUUCUUGGGCUCAACAUGUCUCAUAAUGCUCUAGCAGGGCCAAUUCCAUCUCAAUUUGGAAGCUUAAAGCAACUUGAAUCAUUGGACCUCUCCUCAAAUGAGCUUUCUGGUGAGAUCCCAGAGGAGCUAGCAUCACUGAACUUCCUUUCGACUUUGAAUCUGUCCUACAACAUGCUAGCUGGACGAAUACCAGAGUCAUCUCAGUUCUCCACAUUUUCCAAUAGCUCUUUUCUGGGGAACACUGGCUUGUGUGGACUUCCAGUGUCCAAACAAUGCAGCAAUCAAACAGAAACUAACGUGCUACAUGCUUUAGACAACGACUUUGAAGAUGUCCUGCUCUUCAUGUUCACUGCGUUGGGAUUUGGCAUCUUCUUUUCAAUUACAGUCAUAGUGAUAUGGGGAAGAGACAGCACAAAGUAAAACCAGACCCUUGAGUCUUGACAGAGCUGUUGUAUCGAGUCUGUCUGCGUUGAUCCACAGUUAGUAUGUUAAGAUCAAACCUGUAUUGAAGUAGCCAAAAACAAUUAAGCCUGUGCUGUAAUUUAUGAUUUUUAGGCCUGUAUAAUUUUAACAAUGAAGUGUUGUCUAGCAUAUCCAUAAGAAUAUUUUAUAAUUGAUAGCAAAGUUCUUUC